GUCUUUCCUUUUAAGUUCAGAGUCUUAUUUCAUUCACUUGUCAAACAGCUCUGAAACAGAUGCUGUGCUGGGAACAUAAUGACUACACAAGGGAUCUGAACAUGUAUAACCCUAUCUGAUUAAUUCCUUUGUAAAAUGGAAAAACUAAAGUUCUGACCUCUAAAGAGAUCAAGCUACCUUCAGCAUCGAACAUAAGCUUUCUGUGUUUUCAGACUCCCAUUGAUUUCUAUGGCAUCCGUGGGGUGGCGGAUUGAAAACCAGUAUGUUGAAAACAUAUGAAUUAUUUAGGAUGAAGUUUCCCUUUAAGUUGGUGGUGGCUUUUACAGUGACAGUAACUGUUAUGUUCAUUAUAUUCCAGCAGAAAGACAUACAGAUCAGGUAUUAUAUCUGUAACGAGCAAUCACAUGAAGACACACUCAGGAAAAACUCUGCUAUGGAUGAAAAAAUUGAAAUUAUUUUCAACAGCAUUGACCAGUUGAUGCCAAAGGUCACUACAGAUGACUUCGACAAAUCAACUAGUGCAGAAGAAAGCAAAGCCACUUUACAUAAUCCAAAAGUCAUUUAUUGCAUUGGGGACGAGUUACUUGUUAAAGUGGAAGCUUCUAAUUACCAAGGAGAGAGAAAGAUCUAUGGUGGUGAUUACUUGAGAGCGAGGAUAUAUUCUGAAAAGACCAACAGCAGUGCAAGUGGUAGCAUUAAAGAUUUUAAUAAUGGGACCUAUUUAGUAACGUUUGUUUUAUUUUGGGAAGGUGAUGUUAACAUUUCAAUUUUGCUAAUGCAUCCAAGUGAAGCAGUUUCUGCUUUGUGGAGAGCAAGAAAUCAGGGAUUUGCAAAUAUCAAGUAUACGGGCAAUUUUACUAGUGCCACAGAAUAUGACAAUAGGGACUGUGGCUUCCAACUUGACACAGAAGAAGAGAUUUGUAAGUACAUAGAUAGAAGAGAUCAUGAAGCUUUUUACUGUAUCAAACCUCCAAAUUAUCCAUGUGAAUCUUUGACCCACAUGAAUUCCGUCAACGAAGACCACUCUUACCUUUCAGAAGUGGAACAGCUCCUUCUUAAUAGAUCAAAUAUCGGUGUGGAGGUUUCCAAUUUCCAGCCCAUUAAAGUCCUCAGCUGUCGAAAGAAUUUGCACAAACCCGAAGUAAAAUGUGGCGCUUCUUCCUACUACCCCAUUCCAAGUGGAUUUUUCUCUUAUAACAAGUGGAAUCCAAUACAUUGCAAGAUGACAGCAUUUAAUAAAAAUGAACAACUACACAGUUUCCUAAAGGGGAAGAAAGUUUUCCUUAUUGGGGAUUCCACAGUACGCCAAUAUAUAAGGCACUUUGCAGAGACAAUUAAGAUUGUUGAUUAUUUUAACCACACAGAAGAUGAGAUGCAAUCCUGGCAGAAGACACUCUUAGCAAUCAAUCUUGAAAACUUCAUUUACAUUCAAUGGAAGAAACAUACCUUUCCCUUUGUUAGUAAAACUUUCUACUCAAUAAAAGAAGAUGCUUACAUGGCCCGUCAGAUUGAUCAAAUUGGUGGAGGAAUAAACACGAUAAUCAUUCUUACCAUGGGACAACAUUUCAGACCCUUCCCGUUCCGAGUUUUUAUUAAAUCUGCCAUAAAUGUUCGCAAAGCUAUAGAGCGACUCUUUAUUAGAAGCCCAUAUACCAAGGUAAUCAUCAAAGAAGAGAAUGCCAGGGAAAUGGAUAUGGACAUGGAGAGAUUUAGUGACUUUCAUGGACAUGUCCAAUAUAUUGUACUCAGGAAAAUUUUUGAUGGGUUAAAUGUUGGGUUUGUUGAUGCUUUGGACAUGACUAUAGCAUAUGCUUCAAAUGUCAUUCAUCCUCCAGUUCAAGUUCUAGAAAAUAUCAUCAGUAUGUCUUUAACACAAGCAUCUUAACUAUUCCAGGACAUGAUAAAUAUAAAAAAAACUGUCUACUUGUCUAAAUGUGUGACCAAUUGUAGACUAAAAAUGUGCGCCAAUGAUGCAAUAUAUCAUGCCCUCUACAAAGUGCAUAUUUUCUUAAUAUUGACAUUACAAUACACACAAAAAUAAAGUCCAGCACUCACUCACAAGCUCCCAGCCAGUGGCGGCUGGUGAAUUUUAAAGAUGGUGGGGCGCUAGACUCCACCCCUUUAAAUAAAGACACGUCCCCCAGAUGGUCCUACCUAUUAAAAAAAUAAAUAAAUGGUAGCCAUUACAAACUUCUACAUAUACUUGGUUCCUAGAUUUACUACAUCAAAUGAUAUAUACAGUACUGUGUAUGUGUGUUUAUUAUAUAAAGUUUAUUUUAAGAACACACACACAUACACAGUACUGUACAUAUAAUUUGAUGUAGUAAAUCUAGGAACUAGGUAUAUGUCUAUAAUAAUAUACACAAACAUACUAGCAUUUCAUUCAGUACAAUAUAAAGUUUACUUCAACAUAGUGAUAUCAGUUUAACAAAAAAAAAAAAAAAAAAAGAUGAGAAAACAGACCUCUUGGACAGGCUUGCACUUUACAGCUCAAUGAACACUGUCCAGUGGCCACAUUAAUCAUCAGGAAGGGGGAAAGGAGGAGAGGAGUUAGUUGGUCAGAGCAGAGAGAUACAAUUGCAGAGGUAAGGCUGGAAGAGACUGAGGGCUAGAUUUAUCAACGCUGAGGCGUACAGGGGCGCGUAUACGCGCCCCUGUACGCCUCAGCUCGCCUGUGGUGGGGCGAAAUUACCUGCAGGUAAUUAACAUUGCACACGAGUGCAAUUUUGCGCUCGCGUGCAAUCCCGCCCCUUGCCCGCGCACAGCCAAUCACGUGCGGGCAGGAGCUGUCAAUCUCCUCGGUCGGACUCGUCCGAGGAGAUUUAAUUUCGCCACAAUAGAGGUGGCGAAGAUGUUAGGGAAGCAGCGGUCAGGUGACCGCUGCUUGAUAAAUUGUGGCGAGCAAGUUCUUGUGAGAACUUGCUGCCGCAGGGGCUUGAUAAAUCUAGCCCUGAGUAUGUAUAAAGCCCUGCACACAGCCAUACAAAGUGUUAAAUAACCAAGACAUUCUAACCUUGCAGCUCCUGUUUGUCAGCGUAUCCUUCUGACUCACACACUGUCCAAGUGCUGCAUGAGGGCAAAGUGUAGGGGAGGGAGUUGAUUUAUUGCAGGCGCAAAACAAAAACAUAGUCCGUUCACCUAACGAUCCUGUAAUCUGCUAUGCCCAGCAGCUUUCAUCACGGAUCACAACUGUUACUGCUCUACUUGAAAGCAUAACUCAGAACAAACUGUGCCUCAUACAUGCUCAUAUUAAAUAGUGUAAGACAAAAAUAUUUAUUUAAUAUGAGCAUGUAUAUGAGGCACAGUUUGUUCUCCUGAGUUGUGCUUUCAAAUAGAGCACGUAACAAAUAAAUAAAUACCAGCCAAAUGCCAAAGAUUGCUCUGGUACUUCUAGUGGAACAAAAUAAAUGCUGCUUACUUUACAAA